AUGCGUGAGUCGUUACACGCUAAUGUUCAAUCACACAAAAUUUUGUUUCUAUCGAUAAAGACGUUUGAGUUUCCCACAGAGUCAGAUCUCGACUAAACUUGGAAACAAAGGUUCCGAAAAUGGCCUAAACGGUUCAAAAGCAGUGAGACUAACGCCGACAGCGUUUCGAACGACUCCUGUUUUUGUGACAAUAGCUGCUUUAAAAUUAGGCUCCGCAGUGGUAGCAAUCGCAAUAUCGCACUAUCUAGAAAAGUAGUUAGACUAUUUUCAACGAAGUUAUUUGAAGUAAAUGCAUGAUGUGUUAUCUUUAAUUAUCCUUUUCAUUUCUUUUCUUCAUACUUCAUACCCUAACUAGGUAAACCAGUUAUACUUUUAUUAUUGAAUGGUCGUCCAUUAACAAUACAAUGGGAAAAUGAGUAUUGUACAGCUAUAGUAGAAUGUUGGUUUCCUGGUACUGAAGGUGGUAAUGCUAUAGCUGAAGUUGUAUUUGGUUUAUAUAAUCCUAGUGGUAAAUUGACAAUGACAUGGCCACAAAAUAUUGGACAAAUACCAGUUUAUUAUAAUUGUAAAGACACUGGUAGACCAUUUAAUUUAAUGAAUACUACUAAAUUAAAUAAUCAACUUUAUCAAGAUGAUAAAGAUCGUAGUAGAUAUAUUGAUUUAUCAACAAAUAAUCCAUUAUAUCCAUUUGGCUAUGGUUUAAGUUAUACAAAAUAUGAUUACCAAAGCCCAUUAAUUGUAAAUAAAAAUCUGUUACAUGGUGAUAAUGAUCAAUUAAUUGUUUCUGUAACAGUUCAAAAUAUUGGACAAUAUGAUGGUGAAGAAAUUGUACAACUGUAUGUUAGUGAUCCUGUUGCAAGUGAUGUAACACGUUCUUGUAAAGAAUUAAAAAAUUAUAAAAAAUUAUUAUUAAGAUCUGGGGAACAGCAAGAAAUUCAAUUUAAUGUAACAGUGGAGGAUUUAAAAUUUUAUAAUCAAAACUUAGAAUAUAUUUGGGAAGAAGGCGAAUUUAUAAUACAUAUAGGCCCAAAUUCACAAGAGACACAAAUUAUUAUAAUUAAUUGGUUAAAAGAGUAG